AUGUCACGUUAUACGUCCGAAGGCUUAAAUGUCAAACUAAGGAAGAUCUUAAAGGACCUAGGAAUUCCAAGACUUAUAUUUCGAAGAGGGAAUAAAUUGGCAGCUUCUAUGAACGGCAUUCCGAGACUUACGCGCGGAUACGCUACCAGAGUCUUGCGCUCGAAAUCUGGAAUGAAGAAAGGCGCAUUGCUCGCCGGCAGUUCUUUACUGUUAACUUAUAUGUGCUGGGACACUAAGUUUGUGUCCUGUGAGAGCAUAAAGGGCAUAAAACAGUACAAUUCAGGCCCAAGUGACUCUGAUCAAAGCAACACUAUCUCACUGCUCUCUGAUAAAGAAGUCACGCAGCGCUUGAGGCAGAUGGAAAAAAGCUACUACGUACAAAGAGGGCGCGGAGUGCUACGUUACGACCUCGCCCAAUUGCCCUCUAACGCACCAAUAGAAGAUAAUCAUAUCGAGCAAGUGAUCACGGUCCCAGUUUCUUCUGGCGGCCAGGAGGAAGCGGACCUGUAUUUCUUCGGUGUAUUCGACGGUCACGGCGGGCCCUACACAUCGGCGAAGCUUUCGCAGAGUCUGGUGCCAUAUGUGGCACACCAAUUAGGGCAAAUUUAUGGUGACUUUUCUCUCUCUGAGGGGGGUCCAGGGGCAUUUUCUGCCGCGACUGACUCGGCAAUCACCACUGCGUUCAAAAACCUAGACAGGGACCUUGUGUAUGGAGCGCUAGGUAAGCUGUUCGAAGAGCCCACCAAGCAGAACCUAGUGAGCGCCUUACCUGCGAUCUCAGGGUCCUGCGCGCUUUUGACAAUGUUCGACUCCAACGAAAAUACCAUUAAGUGCGCUGUAACAGGCGACUCGAGGGCCCUACUAGGCUCGCAAGACAGCAACGGUCAGUGGACCGUCAAAGCGCUGUCUGUUGACCAGACAGCUGACAACACAGAAGAAGUCGAGCGCAUUCGCGCAGAACAUCCAGGGGAGCCGGGCGCAGUGCGCAAUGGCCGUGUGCUGGGCUCGCUCCAGCCCUCACGAGCCUUUGGCGACUAUCGCUAUAAGAUCAAGGAGCUUGCCGGCAAGGUAGUCAGCGAUCUUCCAGGCCAUUUGAGGGUCUAUUUUCGCCGCGAGCCCCGUGAUUUCAAGACGCCCCCUUAUGUGACCGCAGAACCUGUCAUCACCUCCACCAAACUAGAUUCCAACGCCAAGUUCAUGGUCUUGGCUUCCGAUGGGCUUUUUGAGCUGCUUACCAACGAAGAAAUAGCAGGCCUGGUCGUGAAUUGGAUGCAGCAUAGCAAGAACGCGCACUUCGGAAACUCUGCGGGCAUUCAAAAAGACUCGCAUGGCGCCAAGUCCAUACCACCCGUUACUGACCUGUCAACGCAUAAAGAGCAGCAGAGACGCGUUUUCUCCAGGACUGGCCAAUCCUCCUCUCCCGUGUCUAUCCUCGAUGACGCGAAUGUUGCUACACACCUGAUAAGAAACGCACUCAGUGCCGGAGGCAACAAAGACUACGUGUCGACCCUCGUUAGCAUUCCCUCGCCCAUGAGUCGCAAAUACAGAGAUGAUUUGACUGUAACCGUGGUUUUCUUCGGUGAAGGACAAGACCUCGGCAAGAUCGACGGCCAAUUGAUACCCAACUAUGAAGCCACUUCUCCUCCGCGUCCUAAACUCUGA